ACACACCUCACUCCUAAGCAAGAAGUAACAGUAUGUUUACUGAUGUAAACCAGUGAUUUAACAAAGUCUGUUAGUGAAUGGGACAGUGGUUCAACAAGACUGGGUGACAAAAUGCACUUGAGCAUUUACUGCAUAGAGGACAGGGUCAAACAGAAUUAUCAGUCAUGAGGUUCAGAAAGGACUCUCUUGUACUCUGAACUCAGGAGUCUAGGUGCAGUUGGAUCCCGACUUAGUCCCAGAUGGGGUCAGUGUUUUAUGUCUAAAGGAUUAUAUGUGCACAAUCAAUCCUUUACAUCACUUAGCUAAGACUUCAAAGUUUAGCAAGUUAACCACUUACCAGUUAGCCCUUGGUUAUUGUGUUGUUACCUGUCUCCCCCCAAUCCAUGUUGACCUAGAUGAAGAUGUCAUCACCAGAUGCAACAUUAGGACCAUGACUGGUUGCCACUUGAGCAGGGUUAUGGGAAGUGAAGGUGUGGUUGGGGAUAGCACACUGUCACAGCAUGCUGCCCUCUCCUCAAUGCUUGUCCAGUAUACAGCCUGUUUCUUUGGAUACUGAAUUCACUGGGCUGGGACAUCCCAUCUUCUAUCCCACGUUAUCACUUUGUAACUACCUGUGUAUUUCUAUAAACACUAGAAAGCAGAGUUUCGCAUCAAACUUCUAUUCCCUUAGCCAAGAGGAAAUCUCUUCAAAGGGGAAGUCUUAAGUAUUUCUCCAUCUCUGAGGCGAAAAAGGUCUUUGGAAAAAUGAGUAAAGUAAGCUGGCUUGUUACUCACAGUUUUAUCUGUUGCCCCUUAUUCUAUGCUAGUUAGUGAGUGUCAUGCUGUGAAAUAAGCUGCAACCUGCCUGCCAGACCUUUAAAACUGAACUUAAAUUGGAAUUGUGUUCUGGAAGACAGCAGAGCUGCCACACGCGCUGCUGGUUUAUAAGCAGGACGGGAUUUGCGUGAGCCUGGCUGCCGGGAGAGAAAAAGGAUGCUGACAGUUGAUUUGCCUUUCUCUCUGAUGUGCUUAUCUUGGGGUAGCGCUUGGGGGAGUGUGACUGCAUGGAAAAGCAGCACGUCAGAGCACAAAUAAUGUCAUGCAGCCCAAUGGCUGCACAAGAUCCCGGCGCGGAGCUCGCCUCGGGCUAUAAAGCUGGCUGAAGGAGCAAAAGUAGCAGCAGGCUGAGCGGGAGAGAAUCCAGAACAUCCUGCUCCUGAUGCUGAGCGCGCCUGGGCUGAGCGAGGGGAGGACAGCUCUGCUGGCACACCGGCGAGCUCUGCUGUCUUGCAAGUGAGCUAUUUCCAAUUCUGAGGAGCAGAGCUGCGUUUCAGAGAUGUUGUCCUGUUUCAUCUGGCUCUGCCUCCCCCACCUGGUUAACACCUUUGUAACCCCAGGAAAGUUGUCCCCCAAUGGGAGCCUGGAGAAGACUUUCGUGAUCCAGAACAUCUCGGGUUUCUUUUCCUGGGAUAACGACAGCCUGGCUGAGUGGCAGAGCUUUGUGGGCAGGAGCCGGUAUGGAGCGGAGUCGCAGAGCAUCACUGUGAAAGCCCUGCUCGUCGCAGCAUACUCUGUCAUCAUUGUCUUCUCCCUCUUCGGCAAUGUCCUGGUCUGUCACGUUGUCAUCAAGACCAAGCGCAUGCGCUCCGCCACCAGCUUGUUCAUUGUGAACCUGGCUGUAGCUGAUAUCAUGAUCACGCUCCUCAACACACCUUUUACACUGGCUCGUUUUGUGAACAGUACCUGGAUAUUCGGAAAGGGGAUGUGCCAUGUCAGUAGGUUUGCACAGUACUGCUCUCUCCAUGUCUCUGCAUUGACCCUCACAGCCAUUGCCGUGGACAGGCACCAGGUUAUAAUGCACCCAUUGAAACCUCGCAUAUCUACUGCAAAAGGUGUUAUUUACAUCUCUGUAAUCUGGAUCAUGGCAACCUGUUUUUCUCUACCACAUGCUAUCUACCAAAAACUCUUUACCUUUGAGUACAGUGAGGAGGUUACCCGGUGUCUGUGCCUGCCAGAUUUUCCUGAGCCUGCUGACCUCUUUUGGAAGUACCUCGACUUAACAACCUUCAUUCUGCUCUAUGUCCUGCCCCUUCUGAUCAUCUCUGCUGCCUACGUGACAGUGGCUAAGAAGCUCUGGCUGCGCAAUGUCAUUGGUGAUGUCACCACUGAGCAGUACUUUGCCCUUCGCAAGAAGAAUAAGAAGACCAUAAAGAUGCUGAUGCUUGUUGUCAUCCUCUUCGCAGUCUGCUGGUUCCCCUUGAAUUGCUACGUCCUCCUCCUCUCCAGCCAGACCAUCCACACUAACAAUGCCCUGUACUUUGCCUUUCACUGGUUCGCAAUGAGCAGCACCUGCUACAACCCUUUCAUCUACUGCUGGCUCAAUGACAGCUUCCGAUCAGAACUCAAAGCUUUGCUCAGCAUGUGCAGAAAGCCUCCCAGGCCCGCGGAACAGAGGCUUCCCUCCACAGCCCCAUCCUACCGACUGGCUUGGCCAGAAAACAGCAACUUCAAGAGGUUGCAGGCCUCCCGUGUCAUUUCGUCAGCUUCCAACAUCCAGUCAGGAAAGACAGACAUCUCUGCAGUUGAGCCGAUUGUAGCUGUGAGUUAAACAGUGAGCCUGCACGGCACAUAGAUAUAGCUAGAGCUGAAAUGGUGGGAAGAUGUGGAGCCCUGGCCUACUUAGGGAGUGUGCAACCACAGGUGGUAAAACUACAGAGGAGGUUCUGGUAGUGCAGGCUGAUGAUCAUGGUGUGAAACCCCUAAAGGAGAGAAAGCAAACUCUUCCCAGGAAGGAACUCUCUUUGUCAAGUUGACUUUGGUUUGGCUUGCAGGAUGGGAUUCUCUGCAUGUGUGUCACUGUUAUAUGUGUGACUGCGCCUUUUUACCACUGGGGCUGUGUGUGUGUUCUCCUGGUACUUAAACACUAAAGCAACAGUCUAUUCACAUCAGUCCUUCCUCCUUCUUUUCUGUCUCUUCAUAGCAACAUGGAAGUGGUCAAGAUAUAGACCUUUAUGUUGGUGGCUUAGAUCCAUGCAACUGGCGUCAUGGUUUAACCAGGACAGCUGGAUAGGAAGGCAUCCCUUCUGAACUGGGGUCUGAAAAGUCAUGAUCUGCUCAGAAUGAAUGAACAGAUGUAUUUCAUAAAUCCAUGGUUUUGUGAAGAUACUCUCAGAGAAGUGGAGAGUAAGGUAGACAUUGCUGAAUAGAGAACUUUCUUAAUACACAGGAGCUUUUUCUAAGGUAAAGUUGAAGAAAACUGGAUGCCUGUUCUUUGCAUAAUUAGAUAGCAAACACCAACCUGUUAGCUCAGCAUCUGCCACCAGUGCUAUAUCACAUAGAAUUCAGAGAGCUUUUUCUCAUAUAGAGAACUAAGCCCCAAAAAGCCACUUUGGAGAAUGCUGGACAUCCCAUCCACAGUUAGACAACAUGUAGUUAAACACUAAGUUUGGACUAUGAUCAAUGCACCUUUACAUUAUUGUCAAAUGGCAGCUAAAGGAUCCCACAUUUUGGCUUUUAAAUUUGCCUUUGAAUGUUGUUCUUUUAUCAUGUAAAUACCCAGGUAUCUCUCAGAUCAGUCGUUUGGGAUAUUUCAUCCCAGAUAAGAUGCUCAUUCUGUGGAAUUAGUUCAUAAAUGAACUGCUUUGGGAGAACAGAUAUCUCUGAUAGCAAGUGAUAAAAGUGGAACAUUUCUCUGUAAGAUAUCCUCUGGUGAUUGCACAAUUUUGGUGCAUUUAAAGACGAGUGAGAUGUGUCCUUCUUGAGGUGGCAAAGAAAAUUCAUGUGACUGCAGCUGUCUGGAGUAGUUUGCAGAACUUAAUGUUCUUAGCAGGAAAAGAUUUUGAAUAACAAAACAACACAAAAAAAGGGCAUUUCAAAAGCUGUACCUUUUAUGGCACAGGAGAGCAAUAACUCUCCUUGUGCUUUGGAAAUUAGCUUGAAUGCCACACCAGUGUGCCUCGUUCCAUAUUCAACUUGGAGCAGCCAGCUGUGAAGCGAGAAAAAUGUUCCUUUUAUAAAUGGAAAAGAGGAAAAAGAAAACCAGUUUUUCCCAAUGUCUUAGUAUAAACUUAGAAAUAAUUCUAUGCCUUGUGCAGGUCUUUCACAGCUGAGUAAAAAGACUGAAAUGACUACCUCGCCUUGCAGCUCGCCUGCUCUUUCGCAAGGUGUUAACAGUGUCUCACUUUGAAUCCAGUGCUGGUUUGCUACCCUUUAUCAAGGCUUCAUAAGUCGCAGUAUUUGUAUCACUGAUAUGCAGGUACUGCUUUGACCCCCUAAGGAAAGUCCCACUUCCUCCUGUAACCUUUGCAACACAUCACCCCUGAAGUGGUCGGGCAGUUGGACAGAUGUAGAUCCCUUCCAACUGAAGUGUCCUAGUCUAGUCUAUUCUACUAGAGAUCUCAAACAUGCAGAGCCUCUGCACUGUGCCCUUGUCCAGUGAGAGCAGAUCUCUACUCUCUACCAACAAAUAAACCUUCAGGAAUGCUGAAUACCUAAAAAUCUAAUACUGUGCACUUAAAAGAGGGGUGAUGGGAUGGUUUGAGAGCCACAGUAACCUGGGACAUAUUCUGAACCCAUUCAGAUUAAAUCAGACCCAUUCCCUGAUUUCAGUUGCACAAGGUCUGACCUAUAUGUUCUGUAUGAGAAGAUACGUAAGAUAGCACGCCAAAGCACAUGAGAGAAGCAGGAACCUUAGCCUAUUUUUGCUCUACAAGAGAGAGGGGUCUGGUAGUCUUGGAAAACCCUCUGCAUGAGAGUUUGGGAAGCUAGCCCUUCUCUCCCAAGGUCUGCUCAGUGGACAUUAUUCCUUCAUUUUUCCCUUUGCAUCUUCCUUCGUUGUAAUCACACAGUUCCAAUUUAAAUUCAGAGUCCCUCAUAACCCUUUGUAGUCAUCCUUAUCACUUUUUAAUUAUUUAAAUAUUAAAACAUUGUUUAAACACUAAAACAUUUCCCGAGGAGAGGAAAAACGAGUGUGUGCACAUAUGAGUAAGGGAUAAAGCCACAAACUGGAUGCUACAUUUGCUUUCCUCAGUCAAAAGAAAAACACUUUGGAUUUACAUGUGUUUUCUAGCAGCAAGUGUUCACCCACUGGUAGCAAAGAGGAGGGAGAAGAGGGGUGAGGAAGAAGCUGAGAGGGGAGGAAGCAUGUGAUGACAGCAGGAGGAGGAAGAGACUCAGAGAGAAGACACAAAGGGAGGGGAUAGCAUGAGGAAAGGAGGUACAGGAAGCCAAUGCCAUCUUCUUCCCACCUUAACUUCAACACAAGUUGUGCAAAUGUUGAACUAAACCAUUUUGAAGGCUACACAUUUGGUGUUCUGUAUUCAUUAAUAAAUCCUUUACUGAGAUUUCUGGAGUGAUUUUACUCAGCUUAAGCUAGUAAUGAACAGAAGAGCUUCCCUGUCUAAGGCAAAAGGAGAAGAGAGAUCAAGAGACCCUUCCCAAAAGCAUCUUUGGUUCACUCAGUGAAACAAAUGGUCAUCAUUAUGGUUGCAUUUACCUAUAGAGUCAUGUGGCUUCAGGAAUUAAAAACUUUGUCUACUCAAGUUUUGGGGUUUUAUCUAGAGUCUCCCUUUCGGGACAUGCAAU